ACGACACGGCCGAGACAGGGUAGCCUGGAAGGUAUCGAUGGAUAUGCAGCGCGUCCUCAUCGCUAGAGACGAAAAUCUAAACGACGUAAUCGGGUAUUUCAUGUAUAAGCUUCUCCAAGACACUGUGGAGCACUUUACCCAACGGGGUACCCCUAAUAACUCGCCGUCGCUAGAUGCGGAGAUCCAACAAUACGACCGCAUCAUGUCUACCCACGUUAUAGACAUCCCAGAAAACCCGCUAGAUCUUAGUAUGAGCCUGUGGUUAAGCCACUUCGACCGGUCGGCGGCGUGGUCGCGCAAUCUCUCCGAGGCAGGUCUUUUCGCCGUGUGCGACAACUUCCUCAAUAAGCAUUCGUCCACCUCUUGGGGCCGGAGUCAGUUUCGCGACUACUUCGCCUGUCUAGGGAUCAAGUGCUACCUAAAUGACCCGAACGAGCCUCUGCAGAUGGGUUUAGAGGCUAUACUUGAUAAGUGGGAAGAUUCGGGGCCGACGUAUUUGGCUAUGUUCGCUGCGGCGUUGAUUCCUGGAGCGUUUCGAAAGGGAUUCUUGGACGAGUGGAAGUGA